AUGUCUAUGAAAUUACCCCAAAACCCAAAUGCUGGGUUAUUCAAACAAGGUUACAAUAGUUAUUCUAAUGCGGAUGGCCAGAUCAAUAAAUCCAUUGCUGCAAUUCGUGAAAUACAUCAAAUGUGUUUGACAUCCUUAGGACCAUGCGGUAGGAAUAAGAUUAUUGUUAAUAGCCACGGCAAAACAAUCAUUACCAAUGAUGCUGCCACUAUGUUACGUGAAUUAGAUAUUGUCCAUCCAGCUGUUAAAGUUCUAGUUAUGGCUACCGAACAACAAAAAAUUGAUAUGGGUGAUGGUACUAAUUUGGUUUUAGUUUUAGCGGGCGAAUUAUUAAAUGUUAGCGAAAAAUUGAUUAGCUUAGGUUUGUCCCCAGUGGAAAUUAUCCAAGGUUAUAAUUUAGCAAAAAAUUUCACUUUAAAAGAGUUAGAUCAAAUGGUUGUCACUGAAAUUGAACCAACUGAAAAACACAAUAAAAAUCAAUUAAUUAAAGUUGUAAAACCAGUUAUUGCCUCCAAACAAUACGGUUCUGAAGACAUUUUAAGUGAAUUGGUUGCAGAAGCAGUUUCUCAUGUUUUACCCAAAGCUAGUUCCCCCAAUCCAUCUAGUUUUAAUGUUGAUUCUAUACGUGUAGUUAAGAUCAUGGGUGGUUCUUUACCAAUGAGUACUGUUAUAAAAGGUAUGGUUUUUAAUCAUGAGGCUGAGGGCCAUAUUAAAUCGUUGUCCUCAGAAGGGGGAGAAGGUGGUGAAAAGAAGCACAAAGUUGCUGUUUUCACCUGCCCUAUCGAUAUUGCAGCUACUGAAACAAAGGGUACAGUUCUUUUACACAAUGCCAAGGAAAUGUUGGAUUUUUCCAAGGGAGAAGAACAGCAAUUGGAUGAAAUGGUUAAGGAAAUCGCCGAUUCUGGAGUUGAUUGCAUUAUCGCCGGUAGUACUAUUAAUGAUUUAGCUCUUCAUUAUAUGAAUAGACAUAACAUACUAGUUUUGAAAGUGCCAAGUAAGUUUGAUUUAAGAAGAAUUUGCCGUGUUUGUGGUGCUACACCAAUGCCUAGAUUGGGUGCACCAACCCCUGAGGAAAUUGGUAUUGUAGACACUGUGAAAAGUCUGGAAAUUGGUGGAGAUAGGGUUACUGUUUUUAAACAAGAAACAGAAGAAACAACCAGGACAGCCACUAUUAUAUUAAGAGGCGCUACUCAGAAUAAUUUGGAUGAUAUAGAAAGAGCCAUUGAUGACGGUGUUUCCGCCAUUAAGGGCUUAAUGAAGCCAGAUGGUGGCAAGUUACUACCCGGUGCCGGCGCCACCGAAAUUGAGUUGGUUUCCAGAAUUACUAAAUAUGGUGAAAAGAUUCCAGGUUUAUUGCAACUAGCUAUUAAGCAAUUUGCUGUAGCAUUUGAGGUUAUACCAAGAGCUCUAGCUGAAACCAGUGGGUUAAAUAUUAAUGAAGUGUUACCUAAUUUGUAUUCUGCUCAUGCUAAUAUUAGUUCAAAUGAGCUUGCUACCGCUGAUGAAAACAAACUCUUGCAAGGUGUUGAUAUUGAUGGCAUCAACCCGGAUGGUACAAAAAACAUUAGAGAAGAAGGCAUCUAUGAUUUAUUAUCGGCCAAGAAAUUUGCAGUUAAUGUCGCUACUGAUGCCGCUUGCACAAUUUUAUCCGUCGAUCAAAUAAUCAUGGCCAAAAGAGCUGGUGGCCCACAAGCCCCUGCUGCUGGACCAAAACCUGGAAACUGGGAUCAUGAUGACUAG